AUGGAACUAGCGAUUGAUCCAGCCAAUCUCCGCUCGCAGUUCCCGCUGGCAACUGCUGCAAAGGCUGUGCGAGUCAGGAUUCUUGGGGCCGUUGAAAGCUACAGUGUGUCUACGAUGUCCUUGACAAUCAGUGGGAUCCCUUCGGUGGUUCGGAACCCACAGCCAGUAUCUGUUCUGCUUAACCUUAUCCAUCCAGGCAGUGUUGACCUGUUGGUGGUGUAUCCAGGCUCACUAAUUGAACUUCAUGGCUUUUACGACGGGUUGCAGCUCCUGGCCUUCAGGAUCAAAUCUCUAGACUCUAAAGGGUUCAAUGACCUAGAACUUAUUGGUUUCUUGCGCAGGCAAUGCGAUGGAUUGGUUCCUUUGAACCAUAACGGAUGUUGA